AAAGGUUCCCGGCAGCCUUCUUGUGGGACGGGGAGUGGCACUGGCUGGCCUUGUCUAUCUCCCUCUCCGGGCUGGAGGUGUUCGUCGACUGCCGACUGCUGGACAGAGUCCCCUGGAGGAACUACCCGGGCCUGGAGGUGUCCGUGGCAGGGAUCACGCUCCUGGGAGGGGCCACGCAGCCCCACCUCACUCCCUUUACCGGUACAAUACAGCAGAUCAUUUUUGUUUUGGGGGAUCCUUCUGCAGCCAAGUUCUACUGUGAGCAUUACAAUUCCACUUGUUUCCAAGAUUCAGACUCUCAGGAGGACAUCUCUGGGUCUGCUGAGGAGGCAAUAGGCAGGACUGAGAGCCUCAUCUUUCCCAGUCUGGUCAGCUUCACAGGGAGGGAGAAAGUUGGCCACAGACAGAAGAAUCCAACAACCAAGUUUUCUCUGCUAAAAGCCAUUCACCAAAAGAAUGGUUGGAAAGCAUUUGACAACCCAGCUGAAAAUAAGCCUUCCAAUGCAAGUAUGAUGUCCAGAUCCUCGACUAACUUAGUAACACAGCCAAAGAAUGCAACUAGCUUGACGCCAAGUUCUCUAGGUGAGUCACAGACCCCAAAUAACAGGAAAGGACAUUGGCAGAGUUCUCUCCUCAGAAACAGCUCAAUGGUUAAAGGGGCAGCGCAGGAGUCCGGCAUGACGAAGGAGCCGCCACUGCCAGCACCUAACAGGACCUCCGGAGGACAACCACCCAAGGGAACCGUUCCUUCAACCGUUCCUCAGAAACAGCCACACAAGACAAACCUGCAUCUGAAGGGCUUCAGUGGUGUCACAAAUACAACAUCCACGCCGUCCGUUGAAUUAAGAGUCUCACAAAACAGACCAAAUGUUAGCAAAGGCAAAGGUGAAACUGGGGCUGUGGAGUCUACCAUUCAUUCUCCCAAGGUAGAGAAAGCACAACCCGCUGAACCUACCAGGAUUCCUAGCUCUGACAAGUCGGUGAGAGCUGAGCCGUCAAAAGGCACCAAAUCAGUUACCAACCAGACAAACAAUGAAUCACCCAGAAAGGAGAAUCAUCCAUUAUUGCCUAAAACUCAAAGGACCUCCUCAGAGGGGAAUAGACCCCUGGAGAUUCUAGAACCUGCAAAGGCCAAUGAUUCAAUCACCACUGGACAGAUCAUACUCCCUCGCCCAUUAGCUGUAAACAACAGCUUUGUCCAAGUGCUAACAGAAUCAACGGGGCAGUCAGACUUAUCUAAGCCUGUGACUCUGAAACCUGAUGCUGCUGUUACGAAAGUCUCUCUGACAGACACUUUGGCUGCAGCCUCAAAUUUGCCAGAGUGGAAGCCAAAGGCAGAUGGCACCUCUGUGCCAGAGAGAGGCAUGUUUCAGAAGGAGCACGUCGAGACCGGUGAGCCCAGUGGUACACUCGGUUCCCCAGACAGCUGGAAACAAGCUGGCAAAGCCACGUCCGAGACAAAUAUGGAUGCAGAGGUGACCAUUCCACCCACGUUACAAACAGAAAAUGCCACAGCUGAACACAUAACUCAGGAGCCACCAAUAGAACGGCCUGAGGGGGCCGAGAGAGAGGGGCCCUUUAAAAGGGGUCAAACAGACACGGAAACCAAACCAAAAUCAGGAAGAUUUCCCGACAAGAGGAAACCUGAGGUGGGUCCAUGCAGUCCAGCUGUGAAUGGUGUGCCAUUGCCAGCGCACUGUCCCCAACGCCCUGCCAGGAUACCAGCCCCUCAUCCACCGAGAGCCAACUCUCCCCACAAAAGCCAGCACAUCGGAAUGGGGCCAAGAGGGCAGAGGGGGCAUCAAGGCCAACCUGGUUUGCCAGGACCACGUGGACCCAAAGGCGAUAAAGGUUACGCAGGGCCAAUGGGUCGAACCGGACGCACUGGAUACAGGGGACCUAUUGGGCCUCCAGGGAUGCCUGCCAUAAUUGUAUGGAGAACCUCGGAGGAGGAGUGGAUCAUGUUCAAGAAAACGAAGUUUUAUAAAAAGCUUGUGUCGUCUUGGCCGAGACAGAAGGGCUCCCCAGGCCCCAUUGGCCCCCCUGGAGAUCCCGGGCCCUUGGGACCACCUGGGAUUCCUGGGAAGCAGGGAAGAAAAGGAGACACCGGAAAAAUCGGGAGGAUCGGGCCUGUAGGGAUGCCUGGUCCUCCGGGAAGACAUGGACAGGAAGGAACACCUGGGAAAGAUGCACCUGAUGGCCUACCUGGCCCACCUGGGGAAGAGGGGCCGCAGGGUUAUGGAGGAGAGCGAGGCACCAAGGGGGAGCUGGGUGAGUGGGGUUAUCAAGGUGAACCAGGGCCACAGGGGAACAGAGGAAGAAAAGGGGAGAAGGGGACUAAAGGAGAGAAGGGCUUCAUUGGCAUCACAGGGUACAAUGGGAUGCGUGGGCCCAGAGGACCAAUUGGAUUUCUCGGACCACGUGGGCCUCCUGGAGAGCCCGGCGGAUCAGGUUUCCCGGGAUCACCAGGACCGCCCGGACACAUGGGGCCUCGAGGGAUAAAGGGAGUCAUUGGAAUCAAUGGACCCCCAGGUCAGCCUGGUGAACCUGGCCUUAAGGGACCUCCUGGAAAACCUGGUGAGCCAGGUCCAGGUGGAAUGAUGGGAUUUCCAGGGGUUCGUGGACCGCAGGGGAAACCAGGAUCAGAUGGGCCUCCAGGACCUAAAGGGGAUCCAGGAGAUCCAGGAAUUGAAGGAGCUAUUGGUGGGCCUGGCCUUCCUGGACCCAAUGGUGCAGAAGGAAAACCAGGAAAAUGUGGACCCUCAGGUGAUCCAGGACUCAAAGCUGAGAAGGGUGAGAAAGGUGACAUCGGCCCAAAAGGAGACAAAGGACCUACUGGUCCUACAGGAAGAAGAGGUUUCAAAGGCAGAGGGGGUUCGUCUGGUCUUCUUGGAGCAAUGGGACCAGUAGGCCUACCUGGAUUACCAGGUCCACCAGGGCAUGAUGGCAUCUUGGGAGACCAAGGUAAACAGGGAAAAGAUGGGACAAAGGGAGACAGAGGCCCUGCUGGUGGUGUAGGCAUUCCUGGCCCUCGGGGAGACAAGGGUCGUAUUGGCCUUAGUGGAUUUCCUGGGUUGCCGGGGCCGAUGGGCGAGACGGGCAAAUCAGGAGAGGGAGGUCCUGAAGGAGAGCCCGGUAUUAAGGGAAGACCAGGAGUCCCAGGAGGCACUGGCAUAAAAGGACAUAAGGGACUUCAAGGUCUUUCUGGUAACCGUGGAGUUGAUGGAACCCAUGGACCACCUGGACCUAUAGGUCUGCCAGGACAAGAUGGAGACACUGGACCACGGGGAGAAAAGGGAAUGAUGGGAAAACCAGGUCUCCCUGGAAUUCAAGGUCCUGUUGGCCAAAAUGGGGAACCAGGAAUUAGGGGAGCUGUGGGUCCACCUGGAAGACCAGGGGUCAAGGGUCUAAGAGGAAAACCAGGGCCAGUUGGUCCACCUGGCCAUCCAGGGCCUAAGGGGGACAGAGGGAAGGAAGGUCAAAAGGGAAACCCUGGGAGUUCUGGGCUUCAAGGACCACCAGGAGCUAAAGGGUAUCCAGGACCUGCUGGUAUACAAGGGAAUAUAGGACCAUGGGGUGCGAUGGGCCUUCAAGGACCUACAGGUGAUGCUGGAUUUCCAGGAGCGGUUGGGCCUCCUGGUGUCACAGGCUACCCAGGUAAAGAUGGCCUCCCAGGACCUGUUGGAUCUCGAGGUGUAAAAGGCGAGAAGGGAUUGGCUGGACAGCUGGGUGGACAGGGAGCUGCUGGUGUCGAUGGUGAGGAGGGCCCAGCUGGCACAAGAGGGCCUAUAGGCCCACCUGGCCCAAAAGGCUCCAUAGGUGAGAAGGGAAAACCUGGGCUUGUUGGUGAAAGGGGCGUCAAGGGGGUCCAAGGAGAGCGAGGCAACCAGGGACCAUCUGGACCAAAAGGUCAACCAGGAAAGGAAGGAAAGAGUGGUUCUCCUGGGCAAAUAGGAAGACAAGGCCCUACAGGACAAAAGGGUCAGGCUGGACUCAGAGGUCGGUCAGGCCUGACAGGAAGCUACGGCCCUGGUGGAGACAUUGGACCAGGAGGGACUAAAGGAGAGAGAGGCCUAGCAGGUCUUAGGGGGGAACCUGGAAGACUUGGACCCCCAGGACCAGUUGGACCAAAGGGAAUAAUUGGUGCACUAGGAAAAGCAGGGCCUGCUGGGAGAACUGGCUCUCGAGGACUCAAGGGAGAUCCUGGGGAGAGAGGAAGUCCUGGGAUGCGUGGUCAUACUGGUCAGAUUGGCAUUAAUGGAAUCAAUGGAAAGAAAGGUGAACUUGGGACAAUAGGCAAAAUGGGGAAGGUAGGCCGCAGAGGUCUCACUGGCUCUGUAGGUGCGAGGGGUCGGCCAGGACCUGUUGGCCCACCUGGAGAAACAGGAAACAAAGGGAAGCGAGGGCCAAAGGGAAGUCCUGGAAGUGCAGGACUGAUGGGGAACAAAGGUGCUCAGGGAAAACCAGGUGGUCCUGGCCCAAAGGGAAAGAGAGGUGGUGUUGGAAGACGCGGAGAGCCAGGUGUUGGGGGACUGGAUGGACUGCUUGGUGUUCAAGGAAACCCAGGCGACCCAGGUCACAAUGGUUUCAGAGGAAUGCCGGGCAGGCCAGGUCAUGCUGGUAGAACCGGUCGUCCAGGAGUACCCGGAGAGAGUGGAUUAGCUGGCAAAACUGGAUCAAGGGGUGCACCAGGAUCCAGAGGAACCAAUGGUCCACCUGGCCCAGUUGGACCAAAGGGUUUUCCAGGGCUUCAAGGCCUUAAAGGAAGAAUGGGCCAGUCAGGAGAGAGGGGAGAGAAUGGUAUCAGAGGACUCACAGGACCAGAAGGACCACCAGGGAGGAAAGGGAAACAAGGUCAUCCUGGUCUCAAAGGCCGAAGUGGACCUAAAGGCAUACAGGGUGAUAUAGGCCCACGUGGUCCUCCUGGACCCAGGGGGUUUCCUGGUCUUCCAGGCCUGUUUGGAAUAAAGGGAAUAAAAGGGUUUCAAGGAAUGCCCGGAGCCAAAGGAGGGACAGGUCCCCAAGGACCUCCAGGGAAACCAGGCUCCCCUGGUGGCAGAACAUUGCAGCGCAUUCCAGGCCUCUACGAUAGAAGAGGAUCACAAAAUACAAUGGCAAGGAGGACCCAGCAUGACCAAGGGGAGCAGGAGGAGUUCAGCUGGCCCCUGGGCACUAAAGAGAACCCUGCAGCCACAUGCAAAGAGUUGGGCCUCAUGCAUCCCCACCUGGAGGAUGGAUUUUUCUACAUGGAUCCCAACCAGGGCUGCCCCUUCGAUGCCCUCCAUGUGUUUUGUAAUUUCACUGCUGGGGGACUGACCUGUCUGCAUCCAAACAAAUCUCAGAUCUCAGGAAAAUGGUCAUCAGACAUACAGAAAUCCAAAACCUCUGUCUAUUGGUUCAGCCAGCUCCAUGAUGGCUCUAGGUUUAAGUACACAGGUCUGGAUGUGGUCCAGCUGCGGUUUCUACGACUGCACAGCAACUCAGCAGUACAACAAGUAACAAUAGAAUGCAACAGUACUCACAACAGAACAACCAAUCAGAGACGUGCAAGUCAACGGGUUCUGCAUCUCCUUGGAGACUCCUUGAGAGAGAUCAGCGGAGCCCACGCCAAAGUGUCAAGAAAUGGUUGUGAGGUGGUGGUGCAGGUGAGGGUAGAGGGCAACAGUGAACUGCCCCGGGGUGAUAUGGAGCUCCUGCCCCUGAGGGAUCUGGGCAUAGAGAACAGGGGUGACCACUGGGAGAGAGAGAUCAGUGCCGCCCUGGGGCCGCUGUGCUUUUUAUAGCACAUUACUCCAGUGGCUGUCCUGAGGGACAUUGGCUCUCAUCAAUACCUAAGCUGCUCUUACACACAGAGGGGCCGCAAAGACACCAUUACAAAAGACUUGAACUUUAUUUGUUGUUAUAUUGUCAUUAUGAAAAUAGGGAUAAGUAAACCAGUUAUUGGGUUUUGUAGUGUUUACAGAUAAAAAUCAAAAGAUGCAUCACAAUGAUGUUUGUCAGCAUGUAUGUGCCAGGGUUGCUAACUAAGAUGGUUGUAUGUAUUUAUGCUAUAUGAUUGUAAUGUUACUGUAUUAAUUUAUACAAAUAUUAAUGGGUUAAAUGUUGAAAUGUAUAAUCUAUGAUUUUGCUAAAUAUUAAUUUACCAAUUGCUUGCAGAAUCUUAAAUGAUACAGCUUGUAAAAUUAUGGACUAAAUAAUCCUACUGCAAAUGUUCACAUUGGUUUCAGCUUUUAUUUGGUUGCAUGCAUUUGUGUGAUUGACUAAUCACAAGCAGUACUUCUGUAUAUUGCUGCUGCACUAUGUACAAAUAUGCAGACUUCCUUUUCUAAAUAAAGUAGG